UCCCAGUGUCAUUGUUACUGUGCUGCAGUGUUUAUCCUCCGGAAAGUGCUUCAUCACGCAGAAAAUUCGUCUUUUCCGGCUGAAAAAUGAGCGAUAGUGCAGGAAAUUGGUGUUUGAUUGAAAGUGAUCCGGGUGUUUUUACAGAGCUCAUUAAAGAAUUUGGAGUCACUGGGGCUCAAGUGGAGGAACUAUGGAGUCUCGAUGCUGAGCAGUUUAAGAACCUCCAUCCCAUCCAUGGGCUCAUCUUCCUCUUCAAAUGGGUGCAGGAUGAUGAGCCGGCAGGAUUUGUGGUGGAGGAAGGAGAUAGUCGGCAGUGGAACAUCUUCUUUGCCAAGCAGGUUAUCAACAAUGCCUGUGCUACUCAGGCUAUCCUCAGCAUCCUCCUCAAUUGUUCUCAUCCUGAUGUUCAGCUGGGUUCCACCCUUACGGACUUCAAGGAGUUUUCCUCGAGUUUCGAUCCUUACAACAAAGGAUUGACCCUCAGCAAUGCCUCCCAAAUCCGAUCUGUCCACAACUCCUUCGCUCGACAGACUCUAUUCGAGUUGGACUCCAAAACUCCCAAUAAGGAUGAAGAUGUGUUCCAUUUCGUGGGCUACGUGCCAAUUGAUGGGACUCUCUAUGAGUUGGAUGGACUCAAGGAUGGUCCAAUUGAUUUGGGAAGUAUUGGACCCAAUCAGGAUUGGUUGGAUGUUGUAAGACCAAUCAUUGAGAAGCGUAUGCAGAAGUACAGUGAGGGAGAGAUUCAUUUCAAUUUGAUGGCCAUCGUGUCUGAUCGUCAGAUGAUCUACAGUCGUGAGAUUGAGCGACUGAUGAAUUUGCCUGAUACGGAGAUUGAGAUGGAGGCCCGUCAGAGUGAAAUAACACGGCUCCGGAUGCUAAUUGAGGAUGACAUCACGAAGAAGAAUCGCUAUCGCGUGGAAAAUAUUCGCAGGAAGCACAACUACCUGCCGUUGAUUGUGGAGCUGCUGAAGAUGCUGGCUCAGAAGGGACAAUUGAUGCCGUUGUACGAGAAGGCAAAACAGCGGGCGGCUGAGAGGGAAGCAACGAAGACAUCUUAAGAAGCCGGCGCCUUCCCAUUCUCCCACAGAAAUAUCCCAAAAUUUCUCCCCCCUGAAGAUGCGAAUAAAUGAAGAUGGUGUUUUAAUACAAA